AUGGGCUGUGCGACAAGUCAAGAUGAAAAACGGCAAAAAGAAUAUAGCAAAGCGCUCGAUCGGUUGAUAAAAGAAGAUGCUGAGCGAGCAGCGAAAGACGUCAAACUGCUAUUACUCGGCGCGGGUGAAUCAGGCAAAUCAACUAUCGUCAAACAAAUGCGUAUUAUUCAUCAACACGGCUACACCAAAGAAGAGUUCGAGCAGUAUCGUCCAGUUGUAUAUUCAAAUACAAUUCAAUCAUUGGGAGCGAUAAUACGUGCAAUGAAUAUGCUGAAUAUUCAAUUCGCAUCAGCAGAACGUGAAACUGACGCUCAUCGUGUUCUGGAAGUGAUUCAGCGUAUGAAAGAUACGGAACCAUUCAAUAGUGAGUUACUAUCAUCGAUGGAACGUCUGUGGGCUGAUGCAGGUGUUCAACAAUGUUUUCUACGAAGUAAUGAAUAUCAAUUGAAUGAUUCUGCGCAAUACUUUCUCGACCAAUUGUAUCGAAUUGGUUCAUCAGACUUUCUUCCGAAUGAACAGGAUAUUCUACGAACGCGUGUUAAAACCACUGGAAUCGUGGAGAUAAACUUUUCAUUUAAAAAUCUCAACUUUCGUUUAUUUGACGUCGGUGGACAAAGAUCUGAACGAAAGAAAUGGAUUCAUUGUUUCGAAGAUGUAACUGCAAUUAUCUUCUGUGUUGCACUCUCCGAAUACGAUCAAGUACUCUAUGAAGAUGAAUCAACGAAUCGCAUGCACGAAUCCUUACGUUUAUUUGAUAGUAUUUGUAACAACAAAUGGUUUGUUUAUACGGGCAUAAUUUUAUUUUUGAAUAAAAAAGAUUUAUUCGAAGAGAAGAUCAAACGUUCGCCCUUGACAAUUUGUUUUCAUGAUUACACAGGUCCGAAUGAGUACGAUCCAGCUGCUGAAUACAUUCAAGCGCAAUUUGUGGCAAAAAACAAAUCAACACAGAAAGAAGUUUAUUGUCAUCAUACAUGUGCGACAGAUACCCAAAAUGUUCAAUUUGUAUUCGAUGCUGUUACAGAUGUGAUUAUCACAUUGAAUCUUCGUGGUUGUGGCCUGUAUUAA